AUGAGCAUCCGACGAAACCAGAAGCAGGACCAAUGCGUCAGCACCAGCAAGCAGCUCAUCGACCACACGAUCAAGAACUUCAACAUCGCGCCAGACAAGCAGGCCGUAUCGCGCAUCAACGAAUCCCUUUCCACCCUCGGGCAGGCGCGUGAGCUUCGCGCGAAAGAAGCUGAGGAUGCUAUCCGACGUCUCGCACGUUCCAUGAAGACGAAGACGGCGCAGCACGAAGAGCUCGUCGCGUCUCAUUCCUCCGCCGACCACGCUUCGGAGAUUGCCCGUCUCGAUACCCAAAAGUUCCGCACCGCCAAGGCUGCGUCCGACGCCGAAAUGGAAGCUGAACGUCUCGCCCUCCAAGCCGCGGACCUCGCGGCGCGGCUCCAGGAACUCGAACUUCAAGGGCUUGACGGAGGGGAUAGCGCGAAGCGAAGAGACCCCAUCGAUGACGAGGUGCUUCUCAGACUCAAGGUGUACCGGAGUUUGGGAAUCGAUAUCGAGCGGGACGAAAGGGACGGCGAGUUCACCAAGGCCGUCAUUAGGAAUGACAGGAAAGGAGACGUGCACGUCGUCAACAUGGACAAGAAGUUUUCGAGGCCGACGCUCGGAAUUAAUCCUGGUCCCGUCUCUUUUGUCGGGGAGGAGGCCUCGGCGGAUAUCAGGCUUGCCGAACUUAGGCGGCGCCUCCUCCGGAAACCGGCGGUCGAGGCCGGGGACAAGGGGGCUACCGGCGGCGGAAUACCUAUUCUGGAAGGCAACUGGGGGUGCGAGUCGGUAGUGGCCGAGCUCCCUGUCUGCUCCAUGUCACUUGGCGGGGCCCGGUACCUCGCUAGUCUCACCAAGUCAACGAUUCGCGAGCAGCAUCCGUCCCCGGCGCGUGGCGACGAACCCCAGCCCUCCACCCCUUUCCCCUGGGACGCCGGAGCCUUUGACGCCCACUGCCACCCCACCGACACCAUGAGCUCCAUCGCCAGCAUACCGGACAUGAAGUCUCACCUACUAACCAUCAUGGCCACCCGCUCCCAGGACCAAGAUCUCGUCAACGAGGUUGCCUCCCAGUACGGCCUCAAGCAGCGUUCGGAUCUGAAAGGCUCCGGCUCGUCCAAGAAGCACCUCCCCGCCCCCAUCCCGCUCUCCUCCUUCCUCGACGCCACCCGCUCGCGAGUCAAAGCCCACCCCGUCGCCAUGAUUGGCGAGAUCGGUAUCGAUAAGGCCUUUCGACUCCCGGAAAAGUGGACCCAUUCCGGCCCCGAGCCACUCGACCCCGACGACUCCCUUACCCCCGGCGGCCGCGCGGGCCGUCGCCUGAGCCCCCAUUCCGUCGCCAUCGGCCACCAGAUCGCCAUACUGCAAGCGCAGCUCAGGCUGGCUGGCGAGCUCGCCAUCCCCGUCAGCGUCCACGGAGUCCAGGCCCACGGCGUUUUAUACGAUGCCGUCGCCGCCUGCUGGAAGGGCCACGAGCGGGAUGUCCUGAGCAAGCGGGAGAGGAGGAGAGUGGCACCCAAUGCUGAAAACUGGUCCACGAGCGACGAAUCCGACGGUGAUGGCGAAGACGAUGAGUUUGCCGACGACGACGGAUCCGUCGAGGUGCUGAAGCGCUACAUAAAACCCCAGGUUCCCGUGGAUGUAUACUUUUCCCUCUCCGUGGCCGUCAACCUCAGCACCCCCUCUGCCCAUUCAAAGUUUGCCGAGAUCGUGGCCGCCAUCCCCGAUGAUAGGCUGCUCGUCGAAAGCGACCUGCACGAGGCUGGGCCGGCUAUGGAUGAAGCCUUGGAAGACAUCUACCGCAGAGUAUGCGAAGCCAAGGGGUGGGGUCUGCGGGAGGGCGUGGAGAGGAUAGCAGCCAACUUCGUCACUUUUGUUUUUGGGGCCGAGGAUUCGUAA